UUAUAACCGAAACGAAAUUAAUCAUGCGAAAUGUUACAGUACGAUAGUACUUUGGACGAGUACACGGAAGUGGUGUUCGACGAGUUUUCUGAUAGCUCGGAGGAUGAAGCUGUUGCUGACGUGUCCAGGUCUGGAAAAAAUCCCAUACUGGUGUUAGGGAAGAAACGUCAAAUAAGCAAGUCGAGAUCGAGUUUCAUAAACUACUUCAAUCUAGCGAGGAUAAUACGGAAAUCCGGCAGGCGAAACAUAUUCCUGACGAGGCGGCCCAACAAGAAUAUAUCGUACAUCAGGGACCUGGGCAACACGUUGCUGACCAUCCGCUGGAGAUGGAUCCUCAUGGCGUUGAUUUUGGUCAACUUCGCGUCGUUCUUCGCGUUCAGUGUGCUCUGGUGGCUGCUGGCCAUCCACAGUGGGGAUUUCGACGCGAACAGCACGGAGAAAUGCGUCGUCAACGCGAAAACUUUUACAGCAUGGAGACAAUCACCACCAUCGGAUAUGGCUACCGCUACCCCACGGAGAAAUGUGAAGGAGGCUGGAUCCUCCUGAUGAUGCAGGUCUUGUUGGGCGUAGCAAUACAGGGAGUUCUAGUCAGCACGGUCUACGUGAAGAUAUCGAAGCCCUUCUCUCGCGUGUCCAUGUCAAUUUUCAGCAAAUCCGCAGUGAUCUGCCUUCGCGACGGCAAGCUCCGCUUCGUGUUCAGGAUACACGACUUCCACAAGAGGAUUUGGUGCGGCACCAACAUCUCCUUGUACUUCAUGGACAAAGAACAGAUUUACGACACCGAGUUCGAAAUGGUGCAGAUGGUGAUCGAGCCGCAUGGAUUGCUGAUAUUUCCGUUGGAAAUAGAGCACGUGAUUGACGAGAACAGUCCCCUAUGGACCUUCCGUCCUUUGGAUAUAUUACAAUCAAGAUUUGAAAUAGUUGCAGUGGCGGAGGGCAGUUCGAAUAUAACGGGGCAGGUGUCGCAAAAAAGAACCUCUUAUUCGAAUUCGGAUAUUUAUUGGGGUCAGAGAUUUAAGCCGUGUGUGGACUAUGACGAGACCAAGCAGGCUUACAUCGUGGAUUACAAGAAGUUCAAGCAGACUGUUCCUUUCGACACUCCACUUUGUAGCGCUAAAAAGUUACAAGAUAUAGAACGAAGGGUCACCGUAGCGGAAGAAAACGUCGCGAGCUGUUCAAAAUCUUGGUAGUCUCUUAGACAUUACAAGAAAGAAUAUAAAUUAUUUGAACUUGUCUCUUUGAGUGUCAUAAAUAUUUUGUACAGUUAUUUUUAUAAACUAUUCUGAUAA